AAAAAAUCCAAAGAUUUUAAUGAAGGUAACUAUUGAAACUAUUUUAUAUAGUUUAACAUAUCAUAUCCCUUAACAGGAGCUUAAAAGACAGUCGAAAUAGAUGAUGACAAGAAAUGGUAUGAACAUUUUAUAUAUAAUAUUUUAGCUCAAUCUUUUUUGAUAAAAGAAUGGGUCAAGUAGUAGAAGCUGAUAACCUUGGUGAUGAAUUUAAAGGAUAUAUAUUCAAAAUCACAGGUGGUAAUGAUAAAUAAGGAUUUCCAAUGAGAUAAGGUGUUUUAUUCAAGGGCAGAGUGAGAAUUCUUAUGAGAAAAGGACAUAAAGGUUAUAGACCAAGAAAAGAUGGUGAAAUGAAAAGAAAAUCAAUUAGAGGAUGCAUUGUUGGUUAAGACAUUAGAGUCCUUGCCUUAUAAGUUGUUAAAAAGGGAGCAAAUGAAAUUGCUGGACUUACAGAUUAAAAUGUUCCAAGAAGAUUAGGUCCAAAGAGAUUAACUAAAUUAAGAAGAUUAUUUGGAUUCAAGAAAACUGAUGGUGUUGCCCUUGUUUAAAAGAAUCUUAUUAGAAGAACAUGGACUACAAAAGAUGGAAAGAAGAGAUAAAAAGCUACAAAAAUUUAAAGAUUAGUAACUGAAUCAAGAUUGAGAAGAAAGACUAUUUAAAAGAAGACUGAAUAAGCAAGAAGAACUAAAGCAAAAUAAGCUUUAGAAGCUUAUAAAAAAUUAGCUCAUGAUGUACAUGAAGCACAUAAGAAACACAGAAAAGCAUCUUCUGAAAUUAAAGAAAAGGCUUAGCCUGCUCCUGUAAAUAUUUAUAUCUAUAUUCAUAGUAAUCUAAGUAAACUAAAUAAGCAGCACCAACAAAAUAAGUAGCUCCAACUAAAGAUGCUAAGAAAGCACCAACUUAAGCACCUGCUAAGACUGUUCCAGCUAAAACUGCUCCAUAACCAACAUAAAAAGCUCAACCUAAAGCCCAAACCAAGAAAUGAGGUUAUUAUUAAUAUUAUUUAAGUACAUUAUAUAUAAAUAGAGA